CAUCUAAUUUAGGAGUACUAUAUUUGAUUUGUGUCAGUUUGUGUGAAAUGUUUAUUAAUCUCCCCGACUCUAUACGGCUGCUGAUUCGAAUCUUGUUGCUAAUCACGAUUCACAGCUUACCUCUCUAGCCAGUUUAAUCUUCUAACUGAAAAUGGGGGGUGUGCUUGAUAAGGAUGGAUCUCCCGAUGCUUCAGUCCCUAAGACAAAGAUUGAGGCCAAAAUUAUCGAGGCAGUGCAAAAGAGAGAAGUUCAAGGGAGUUCUAUCACAGCAUUUAACAGCAUUAUCUUAAAGUUCCCAAAGAUUGAUGAGAGCUUUAGGAAGUGUAUAUCAACAUUUGAAGAAUUUGAUGAGGAUGGAAAUGGUUCGAUAGACCCACAAGAACUGAAAAACUGCUUCCACAAGCUAGAGAUCAACUUCACUGAUGAGGAGAUUGAUGGGCUAUUUGAGGAAUGCGAUAUAAAUGAUGAUAUGAGGAUAACAUUUAAUGAAUUUAUUGUUCUCCUUUGCCUCGUUAACCUUCUGCAGAAAGAUCCUGCUGCUGAGAACUGUAAGUCUCAGGUAGGAGGGCAGAGUCUCAAGGCUACUUUUGAAACAUUAGUAGAUGCAUUUGUGUUUUUAGAUAAGAACCAGGAUGGUUAUGUGAGCAAAAAUGAGAUGGUUCAGGCCAUUAAUGAAACUAAUGCUGGAGAACGUUCUUCUGGGAUGAUAGCCAUGAGGAGGUUUGAGGAGAUGGAUUGGGACAAGAAUGGAAUGGUAAACUACAAGGAGUUUCUUUUUGCUUUUACCCGUUGGGUUGGAUUUGAUGAAAAUGACGAUGAAGCUGACAAAGAGGACGAUAGUUGAACUUUCCAUACUGCUUGAUUUCAAUGAUGUUUCUGUUAAAUAUAUGCUCAUGCUCGCUGCUCAUCUGAAUUAUUUUUUGUUUUGUUUUUCAUUCGAAAGAAUUUUGUAGUUGAAAGGAAGAAAGAAGUGAGAAUUUUGUCACAGAUCUC